CUGUAAACAGAAAUGUGCCAUGGAGAGUCUGCGUGUGCUCGAGCUGUACAGUGGGAUAGGAGGGAUGCAUUAUGCUCUCAAAGAGAGUGGCAUACAUGCUGAGGUCGUGGCUGCCAUCGACAUCAACACCACAGCCAAUGAGAUCUACACACAUAAUUACCCUGACACCCCCCUCUGGAACAAGACCAUUGAGGGAAUAACGCUAGAGGACUUCAAUAAAUUAUCUUUUGACAUGAUUUUGAUGAGCCCUCCUUGCCAGCCUUUCACCAGGAUAGGACUUCAGGGUGACAUUAAUGACCCCAGAAGCAAGAGCUUCCUCUACAUCCUAGAUCUUCUGCCAAGGCUGUGCAGGCUGCCCCGCUACAUCCUGCUGGAGAAUGUGAAAGGCUUUGAGACCUCCGCUGCCAGGGAUCGUUUGGUGAAAACGCUCACUGAAUGUGGAUACACUUUCCAGGAGGUCAUGGUCUCACCCACAAGUGUUGGGAUCCCAAAUUCAAGACUGCGUUAUUUCCUGAUCGCUAAGAUUUCAACAGAAAACCUCAGCAUCCAGAGUUCAAAGAUUUUAGAUGCCUUCCCACAUCCCGCUGAGCAGCCCAAAGUCCUGAGUCCCAGCGCAGACACCUGCCAGCCUGAGGAGGAAGUGCAGGAGGGUCAUGUCCUGUACAAGCUAGAGACGAAGACAGAUGCCCAGAGGAAGAUGAGCCAGAACAACGAUCUGUCUCUCAGGCUGAUCCAAGACUUCCUGGAACCACAGAUAGACAUGGAGCUGUAUCUCCUUCCUCCUAAAACCCUGCUGAGAUACGCUCUGCUCUUAGACAUAGUUCGGCCCACAUGUAGGAGGUCUGUCUGCUUUACCAAAGGAUAUGGGCGGUAUGUGGAAGGAACUGGCUCAGUUAUGCAGGGCUGCGUGGAAACAGAGAUGGAGAGUGUGUUUACAGGUCUGGACCAGUGCGCUGAAGAUGAGAAACUCCAGCGGCUGUUGAAACUGAAACUUCGUUAUUUUACUCCUAGAGAAGUUGCCAACCUCAUGGGCUUCCCUCAAAGCUUCACCUUUCCGAAGAAGACCACUACCAAGCAGCAGUACAGAGUUCUAGGAAACAGCCUGAAUGUCGUGGUGGUGGCCAGACUCCUGCAGGUGCUGCUCUCCUAGCACUCGGCACUCUCUGAAGGAGAAGACCAUCCUGUCUUUGCAAUUCUUCUAAAUGUGUAGUCCAAUUUUUUUGGGAAUGUUAAGUUUGAUAAAGUGGGCCAACUUGUAAGUGAACAGUUUCAUGAUUCUUACAUUUCACUUCAAACAGUACAUUUCUCUUUCUGAUGGACAUUCAUAUGUUUGCUUAUAUGCACAAUUAAAGCUUUUUUUAAUUAAAUUAAAAUCAAAAAAUAAAACU